CAUUCCGUUUAUAUAUUAAGAUUUAAUAUGAUUUGAAUUUGACAACUUCAUUAUGAUGGAUUACGAAUAUUCUACAGAAAAUUAUUCUCAAUAUAAUUUGACUGCAGGAAAUGCAACAUUCGGCAUUGAAUUUUAUCCACCGGCUAUGAAUAUGGUAGUCUUAGUGCUAUUUUUAUUUCUUUACUCUACAGUCGUUUUAAUCGGAAUUGGUGGAAAUGCUUUUGUUUGCUUUACAACAUUCACGCUUAAGAAGCAGACAGUUACAAAUUUCUUCAUGACAAAUCUCGCAGCUAGUGACAUCUUAAUGGCAACUAUUUGUAUACCAUUUACUGUGCUUAGCAACUUGGUAUUUCAUUACUGGCCGUUCGGAGCAAUUCUAUGUCCAGCUGUAGGAUUCUUACAGGUUACUUCGGUUCUGCAGAGAGCUUUUACACUGGUUUUCAUAACUUAUGAUCAACACAAAAUUGUAUGGCAUCCAUUAGGAAAACGACUAGAUAAGAAAGAAGCCAGGUUUGUGAUGAUAAUUCUGUGGAUUCUGGCAGCUCUGGCAGCAAUUCCUGUGGCUAUGUUUGCUAGAGUUGUAAAUCUGGAAACUGGAAAUGGGCAGAUUGGUAUUUGUAUGGAGGACUGGCAAAACCAAGAAGAGAAGAAAAUAUACAGUGCUGUUGUCAUGAUAUUGCAAUACUUCCUUCCAUUGGCUAUUAUGGUCGUCUGCUACACUCAUAUGGGUGUUAUAAUCUGGUUAAGGAAAACACCCGGCGAGCAAGACAUCAAAAGAGAUAGACUUCAAAUUAAAAGUAAAAAAAAGACUGUUCGAGUAUUAGCAGCUGUUGUAGCAGCAUAUGCACUUGCCUGGCUUCCAAUUCACACACUUACAUUGGUUGGCGAUUCAUAUCCAGAGAUCUACGAUAUGCCUCAUGCUGAUGUAGUGUGGAUGACUUGUCAUUGGUUGGCUUUUAGUAGCACAGGAAUCACACCAUUCAUUUACUUUAGAAGUAAUUCUGCUUUUCGAGUUAGUCUGAAGCGCCUCUUUUCUUGUUUCAAGAGGACACGCAAAACCAAACGAGAGUCUGUCUAUACGCAGGCAAGUGUUAUUGAGUUUUCAGUAAAAGAUUAACACAUAAGAAAGGAUUGUGAGCUACAUUUCACGAAUUUGGGAAUAAAAUGUUUAUAAAACAUUUGUUUUAUUUACCUUAUACGAAAAGGAAAUUGCCUUGAAUGAAAAAGAAAGCUAAUUGGAAUUUGUUCUACAUUAGAAGGCACAAUUUAGUCCAUUGCCAGAUUAGGACUCGGAAUAUUGAAGAUUGUAUGGCACGAAAUGAUUCUUCCAUCCGCUUUGAAAAACACAGUGAUGGUGUGGGAUGAACGAGAAAAGUGAUAGACGACAACAGACUGGAACAUGUAAUUCUCGAGUGACGCAUAUUACAACUAACAACUUACAGCAAUAUGUCACUUAGACUUUAGUACAGACAUAUAGUGAUGAAGGAACCGAUUGACAUUCCUCGGGUUUUUGUAUUGUUAACUUGGGCUUAUUUCAUUUUUGCCAUGAUACUGUUUGGUUU